UACAUUAGAGAGUAAAGCCUUUCUAGCCCUACCUCAGUUACUCAUACGUAUGAUUUCGUAGAAUUUUAAACAAGAGGUACGCGAGUUUUGACGGAACGGCGCCGGCCAAGCCACUUCGUCCCGCCUUCCCGUCCGGGUCUUAUAGGCCCCUGAAGCACAUCCGACAGGCCCAGCCAGGGGACCCCCCGUUGGCUCAAAUUUGCAGCGCCGCAUUGCCGCGUUACACGCCCGAACUGCAACAGCUGGCCGCUGAACAAGUCGGAGCUCGCGCAACCGUGAACGACAGGACCACGCCAUCGAUUUCGUCGAGCUUCGUUUGAUCAGCUACCUAGGUCUCUCCCAACUGCAAUCCACUAGCCCACCUCAAUCCGCCUGAUCUCGUAGAAUUGGAGCAUCUGCUGGCCAGUUUCGAGAUGCCAGCUACGCAGCCGUCGUCCUCGUGCCGGUAGUAUGAAAGCUGUCCUGCCGGGAAAGCCAGAAUCCCGGCGUCAAGCUCUGGCAACGGGCUACUGGGAUUCGCGCCGCAUCACCGCCUACAUCACCGGCUCCGCUCUCUCCAUCCUCGGCGAGCCCGACGCCCUCCUGCAGACCAUCUACGAUGACGACGACGACCCCCUCGACGCCGUCGCCCUGGACGAGGCCUCGGGCAAGAUAGCCGUGUCCACCCGCCGCACCGUGCGCAUCUACCGGCCCUUUGGCCAGAAGGAGAAUGCGCUCAGGUGGGCGCUGCAGUCCUCUUUCUCCAUCAACCCCAACCAAGGACCCACGGGCACACACCGAGACACGUCCACAUCUCUCUCGUGGGGUAGCUCCGAGGAGCUGCUGGUGGCGCACUCACACCUCGAACUAUACCAGACCUCGUUGGAGCCAGAGUGCUCGUGGCGCAAGGAGCUGGCAAGCCCCGUCGCGCUCGCCACCCUGUCCUACGACUCGGCCUACAUUGCCUCGGUCGGCCAGGUCGACCGCCUGGUCAAGGUGUGGCGCCGCCUGAGCUACGGAUCCGACGAUGUGCGCUUCGACUUUGCCUACCUCCCCCACCCACAGCCUGUGACGGGCUUCCACUGGCGCCUGCCGCACCACAUCGACCAGACCAUCGAUAAUGUGCUUUACACAUUUUGCGCCGACAACACCCUGCGCGUCUGGACAGGCUCCGACAGCCAUGGCCAGCAACACCUGCAGCUAUGGGGGAAGCUCGACCUGGCCACGGCGAUGCAAGACAGGGCCGCAAAGUCCUCGACUGUCCCGGUGUUCCGCUGGGCCUUUAUGAUGCAUGGCCGGGAUCUCUCUGCCGCCACCGAAACCGCGGUCCGAGACGGCGCCUCGCCGCCGGCCGACGACGCGGCGGCCCUCGACCACGUCAUUGCCGUGGCGAACCGGAGCCCCGAGAUCUGCGUCGUAUUGGACGGCCAAGGCCGCAUGUCUGCGUGGGCGCUCGAGAACGUCGGCUGCAAGACACAAAAGGCGGCCAUAUUCAACGUAGUCCAUGUCAACUCCCCAGAGUUCGACUUUCUAAAAGGCCGCUCGGCCACCCCUAGACCACACGUAGAGGCCUACAGCUACUGCAACCCUGGCGGCCACUUGCACAUUCUCAUGCACUUCUUUGACGGUGGGAUCGAGGUCUACCGCACCAGAAUUGCCCAAUUAUUCGACGUGAACCCGCAGACGAGGCGCAUGGCCCUCAGAUGUCUGUGGAACGGCCACUCGGCGCCCAUCAGGAAGAUCGUGCGCAACUUCAGCGGGCGCGCCAUUGUGUCGCGGACGGAAAAGAACCAGAGCAUUAUAUGGAAGCACCAGCUGGACGCCAAGCGCACAACCAUCUCGCGCCAGACGGCCAUCCAGCACGACGUGCACAUCCACCGCAUGUGUCUGCUCCGGAAAGGGCGCUUUGUCGUCUUUCUCUGCCACGACCACGUGGCCUUGUGGGACUGUCGCAAGUCGACGCCCGUGCUGCUGGCCGAAGGCAAAUACGACAUCCCCGGGAAGCCGCUGUGCCUGCUGAUCUUGCCCCGCGUCAAGGUCGAGGACUACACCACGGCGCACAUCGCGACCAUAACCUCGGAGAAGCAGGGGCUCGUCUGGGAGGUGAAGCUGCCCUUUUACGCCACCCACGAGAGCGGGGCCCCCCCGGCCAACGGGAACAGCCACCAGCAGGCCACGAUCCGCGAGUUCGUCAAGUUCGAGCUCGAGGAUGCCGGCGACCUCGGCUACGUCCUGCCCGUGGAUCCGGCCGGGGCGUCGCCCAUCGUGUCGGGGUUCCUCGACGUGUUUGCGCGCGACGUGGCCAUCUCGUACACGCACUCGGGGCGCGUCGAGUUCUGGACGGCGCGGGUCGGGCACGAGGGCAACGGGGUCGAGUGGCUCUCGACCAGCUCGAUGGAGACGGGCGUGGCCAGCCCGGCGCUCGUCAGCGGGAGCACCAUGAGGAGGGCGGCGCUGGUCAACGCGGCCAGGUCGUCGCUGACCAUCUGGGACAUACGCGGCGCGCGCCUCGAGUAUGCCGACGACUUUGAGGGCGGCCGGGCCAUCCAGGACCUCGACUGGACGUCGACGCCCGAUUCGCAGUCCAUCCUAGCCGUCGGCUUCCCGCACCGCGUGCUGCUGCUCUCGCAGAUGCGCUUCGACUACCUCAACAAGGGCCCCGCGUGGGCGCCCCUGCGCGAGAUCAACAUCCACGGCCUCACGCCGCACCCCAUCGGCGACUCGACGUGGCUGGGCGACGGCCACCUGGUCAUCGGCGCCGGCAACCAGUUCUUUGUGCACGACCGCCAGUUCGACGUGUCGAGCUCCCUCGUGGCGACGCUGCGGCUGCCGCAGCGCAAGGGCGGCAACUGGGACCUCUUCGACGUGGUGCAGCGCCUCAACGGCCCGCUGCCCGUCUUCCACCCCCAGUUCCUCAGCCAGUGCAUCCUGGCCGGCAAGAUCGCGCUCGUGCACGCCGUCCUGCUGGCCCUGCACCGCACGCUCAAGUUCUGGGUCGAGGGCGAGCCCAUUGACGACUACCUGGGCCUGCCUACUGAGGCCUUUUACAUUUCGGACAACGCAUCCAAAGCAUCGUCGGGCAAGGGGGCGCUCGACUACCUGAGCCGGGGCGAGUCGUACGACAAUGGCGGCGGCGGCGGCGGCGGCGGCGGCGACGACGAGACGUUCAGCGAGGAGUUGGCGGGGGUCAUCAGCGAGAAGCUGACGCGCGUGGGGAUCCCGCAGCUGUCGGGGCACGAGCAGAUCCAGCUGGUGGACAUUGUCGAGUGCGUGGGCCUCGUGGAGAAGCAGCGGCGGUCGCUUGACGAGAACGGCGCGCGCUUCACCCUCUUCUUCCGCCAGCACGCGCUGCGCAAGGGCCGCACCAACGAGAUCCACCUCUCGUGGCGCGAGAUCAACUGGGCCUACCACUCGGGCAGCCAGGACAUCCUGCUCGACUUUGUCGCCCGCCAGCACCACGGCAGGAUGCUGUGGGAGGACGCACGGGAGAGCGGCAUCUUUAUGUGGCUGACGGACGGGGCGGCGGUUCGCGCCCAGUUCGAGGCGAUUGCUCGUAACGAGUACACUAAGAGCGAAGUCAAGAACCCCGUCGACUGCAGCCUCUUCUACCUCGCCCUCAAGAAGAAGACGGUGCUGCAGGGGCUGUGGCGUAUGGCGUCGUGGAACCGCGAGCAGGGCGCGACGCAGCGCUUCCUGGCCAAUAACUUUGACGACCCCAAGUGGCGCACGGCGGCGCUCAAGAAUGCCUAUGCGCUGAUGAGCAAGCGGCGGUUUGAAUACGCUGCCGCCUUCUUCCUGCUGGCGGGCCACCUCGACGACGCGGUCAACGUCUGCUUCAACCAGCUCAAGGACCUGCAGCUGGCCAUCGCGGUGGCGCGUGUGUACGAGGGCGACCACGGCCCGGUGCUGCGCAAGCUGCUCGAGGAGGAGGUGCUGGCGAUUGCGGCGCAAGAGGGCAACCGCUGGCUGGCGUCGUGGGCGUUUUGGAUGCUGCACCGCCGCGACAUGGCGGUGCGCGCGCUUAUUACGCCCGUGUACACGCUCCUCGAGACGCCGGGGUCGCCGGACCUGCGGUCCAAGCUGUUCCUGACGGACGACCCGGCGCUCGUGAUCCUGUACGCGCAGCUGCGGCAGAAGACGCUGCAGACGCUGCGCGGCGCGUCCAAGGUGACGCCCAAGGUCGAGUGGGAGUUUGUGCUGCACAACGCGCGCCUGUACGACCGCAUGGGCUGUGACCUGCUAGGCCUCGACCUGGUGCGCAACUGGGAGUUCUUUGCCGGUGCUGGUGCGACGCUCGACGACAGCACUACGCCUGCCACAAAUGGUCUUGGUGCGCUUAGUCUUCUUAAAAGAAGGGGCUCCCUCGUCGUGUCGGAUUUGCUGGCCGCGUCCCAGUCGCCUGUUGCUGCUGGUGGUCUCGCGCAGUUCAUGCCCGCCGAGAUGAAGUCGGGCGGCCACCUCGGCCACCAUCAGCCAUCCCCGGCGCCCGCGACCGUGUUUGAGGAGCCCGAUGCAAACUCUCUGCUAGACAGCUUUGGGUUUUAAUGGUCAGGACCAAUUUGCCGGGUUAGAGGUGGCGGGUGAAAGAGAGACAAGGGGGGAUAAGUGCUUUUGUCGUUGUAAGCAUGCUGUAUUUUGUUUUGUGUUAGGGGGGGUGCCAGAAUGGUGUUUUUUUGGGGGAUAGAUAGAUGAGUGGUUGAGUGGGUGCAUCACAGUACGUAUAUUCAUUGCGGGGAGCGGUUAGGUGUUUAUUUACUUUCGGUCUCUUUUUUGGGACUGGAUUGAAUUAUAUUGAAUCAGGACGGAUUAAAGCUGUAACGGGACGAAUGGACAUGCAAGUUGGAGGGUGCUGCAGCCUGUCUACCUGGGCCCGCUGUUUGAUAAGGGUGUGAAUGGUGUAACUAGAAUCGAACCCUAACCCUCGCCGCAAUCGGAAGGGGGUCUUGAAUGACAGGGCUAGGUUGGCAUCCUCCUCUUCCGCAGCGCAGC